GUUGUGAAAUUAUGGAAAAUCAAUAUUUAAGUUACGACUGAAGUGUGAAAGAGAAAUUUUUACGAGGUUUCAUCUGAAAUUCUCCAUUAUAACUUUGUACUGAACUCCAUUAAGGGUUUUGCCUAUCAGUCAGGACUCACGUUGGAUGGGACGUAAGUCACGAUAGGCACGUGUUUAUAUUGUUUUCAUUAAGUGUACCGCUGACCACAAAAUACUCAAGACAUGUUCCCUGAAUAAAAACUGAAGUCGGGCUUUUCUUUAGCUGCAACAAAUAAAUGCACUAAGAUUUAGUUCUCCAGUGAUUUGCAUCUUGUCGAGAUGACUCUUUUUAGAAGACUUGAGAGCUAUGUUUGAGAUUCGAGGGUGGAAACUCUGUGACUUGGCAUUCGUGAAAUGACAGAGUUUGACUUGGAAGAUGGGCCUUUAGGAAGCGAAGCAACCGGCGGAUUUUCCGACAAAUACGAAGUUAAAGAGAAAUUGGGCGCGUAAGUAGACAUUUCUUGGCUUUUAAUUCAGGUUGAUGUCUCAAGAAAGAGCCCAUAAUCUUAUGUGAAGUCAGUCAGGGUUGUUUUCAAACAAUCGACAUCUAUCCUGGCGUGUCGUACGGUGAAGACCUUGCAUUAUUACACGUACGUUUGAUCUGUAGUAAACGCCUCUGGAAACGCUGUUAUUUGCAUAUCCAAUUAAUACUCGAGCAAACCUAGCUUAAGUUGCUUCAGUGAUGUUUAACGGGACUAUUGGUUUUCGUUAAUGCUCAAAACCGAUCCACAAUACCUGAACAGAUGUGACAGGAAGCUAGAGUCAUGUCGAAAUCUGUUGAACGCGUAUUCCUGCUCUAUCUAUUACAUCAGUGAACACCACGCUCCAAUGUUUGUCCGCUGUGAUCGUAAAGAAGUUGUAAGAUUGCGUAAUAGGGCCAUCGCUAGCAGUGAAGUUUGACCGACUAAGCAUCGAAGUAUGGUCCUGUACACAUACAUGACUUGUUGCAAGGCAAGCUAUAACCUACCGCUUGAUUCGCAGAACAUUGAUUUAUGGGAUCAAAUGUCGCGCGUGACUCGAACAAAUUGACACCUUUCUUUGAUUAUGGUCGAAACAAGGUGAUGCUCAUUCACUUUGGAAGUACAGUACACUCUAGAGAAUUUUACUCAUAAGUUUCGUAAUCUGUGCGUCGUUAGCGCUGUUGGUUGUAUCUUUACAUGUGCAUUUCCUGUCUAAUCGUGUUCAUGAUUACUAAAAAAUCAAAUAUGAAUUACAAUCUUCUAUGUCAGUUUAUGCUCCAAAGUGUGGUACAUCCUGAUACACGAUUUCAAGGCUGAAACCCUCAUAGUUCAGGCAUGCUAUCACAAGGAUUUCCUUCAGGGAAGGUUGUCAUAAGGAUUUUCUUCCCUUAGAAAUGCCAUAACUGCACACAAAUUAUGAUAGUUUUUUAACAUGUGUUUGAUAAAGCCAAUCAGUCGUUGAAAGUUUACUUUGCCCCUGCAUCACUUUGUCAGGUUAAUGAAUUAAUGGGAAAGCAUUUACCAUUCUCAAUCCACAGCUGUUUGUCAUCAUUAGAGGCCUUUAUUGUUUAUAUAAUAAACAAAUAAUACAUGAUUACUAGCAGGUAUGGAAUUUCUCUUCUUGGGCUCAAUUCAAUUUCUCACUCAUUUGCUGUGCUUAUUUGUGAGAUAUAGAGUUGACACUCAAGGAUAAAUUCUAUAUCUGUACAUGCCCAUGUAUUAUCCUGUAUUUCUGGAAGUCCUCAUAUAUGAAUUAAACAUAUUUUUAAUUGCCAAUAGAGGAAUUUCCAGUGUGGUACGAAAAUGCAUCCACAAGAUCACUGGAAAACCAUAUGCUGUGAAAAUAAUAGACAAGCUUAGUGAUGCAGGUGUGGACAUUGAAGCAACAACUCGGGAUGAGGUCAGCAUUCUGCUUGCUCUGCAAGGACAUGAAAAUAUAAGUAAGUGGCCAUUGUUUAUCACAAUUUUUUUGUUUUUGUCAUUGUUGCCCAUUUUUGACAUGACAAAGAGUAAACUUAUAAUAAAGCAUUGGUCAACUGAAAAAUAGAGUAGAUAAUGAAGUUUAUCUCAAAGUGUUAAAUGUGUUUAAACAAUACAUCCUUAGCAGGAUUGUUACAUGGUAUCUUAAAUUGUAAAUAUAUCUCAUCUUAUCUUUCCUUAUCUUAUUAGUGUCCUAUAUUGUAUCUCUCUCGACAGUUGGCUUAGUUGAUGUCUUUGAGUCCCCUGUGUUUUUCUUCUUGGUGUUUGAAUUGUAAGUGCAAAACUGUCUAUUUCACAGCAGUUCUUUGGCUAACUACAUUGUUUUUUUGCUACAUAAAUCUGUCAUGUGUAUGCAUCCAUUAAAAUUAGGAGAAUAACUUUUUGCAGUAUGUCUACAUGAUUGUAUAUUAAAGAGCUUUUCAAUUAAGUGUCUUCGAACCAAACCCAAAGGAAUCACUGUGGCUAAUUAGACUAAAAAAAAUGAUGCAAAGAGCAAAUGAUGACCAAGUUGGUAUUGGUUUUUAGGUUUACAUUUGGUUGGGUGAAUAAGUAGCACAGUAAUAAGUUCUGUGGACAUUUACAGAGUUUAUCAUUGGAAAAUCAAUUGAAUCCCAGAGGGCAGUCAAUUGAAAUUUGUGCAUAUACGAACAUCUUUCCUUACAAGCCUGUUCAUUCUCAUUAAUAGAAAUCAGUUUUCAAAAUGUAGUUUUAGACAACUGUUUUAUAUUGUGGUGUCGUCUCUUAGCUAAAGAUGAAUUUGGCAAAUUAUGACCAGUCAUAGAUGUACAAGUUAAUUCACAGUAUGUGUAUUUCUAAUGUUUUUAUUAUUAUGCACAAUUUAGGGCUGUAAAGGGAGAACUGUUUGAUCAUCUCACGGACCAAGUUACUUUAUCUGAGAAGAAAACCAGGUAUAUAGAUGCCCACAAAAAUUUGCAGAAAAUGCUUGAAUGAAUAAGGUAAUUUGGUAUUAUCAACUGAGAACAGUGGAAUUGUGGCUUGUGUGUGUGUUGUUGUUUUUUUUUUCUUGCGGACAGUUCCUUUGCUCGGACAAAGGGCUAACGCUUGAAACAUCAGCUUUGAAACUAUUAACGUAGGCCAAUUUACGUUAUCAACUCAGUUAAUAACACCAAAUUACCUUGUUAUACUUAACCACCAUUGCAGCACCACAGUUUCUUUCGAAACUCACCCCCUUAAUUUGCUUGAAUGAACUGAUGGGUAAACAAAUUUAGUAAGCAAAAGCAUGUAGGUAUCUGAAUGCAUUAGAACAAAAAUGAAAUGGAACAUUCAAUGUGACACAUAUAUAGAAGAGGAGGAGGAGAAUGAGUGAGAACAAACAUAUGGCCUUAUUGUGUAAUUGCAUUGAUGGCAAACUUAUGGCCUUAUUGUGUAAUUGCAUUGCUGGUUGCAAAAUGAAUUCUGCAGAUAUCUCUCUAAUGGAUAAAAAAUCAAGUUUAUGAGCAUUACUUCUACAUCUUGAAAGAGCAGAUCAAAUGUCGGAAUUUUUAAGUAUUUACAAUUUAUUAAAUAAAUGUAUUCAAAAAUAGUGACUUUUAUGUUGCAUUUUAGACGUAUCAUGCAUGAGGUAUUCGGAGCUGUUAAGUUUAUGCAUGAUCAGGACAUUGUUCACAGAGAUUUAAAGGUGAGUUAAAAUGCCUUUGGGAAUUACACCUUUGUUUACUUGUGGCUGAUCCAUGUGCACACCAAGUUGUGUAGAAUCAGCAUUGUGAACAUAUUACACUUUAUCUUACUUGAGGAAGUUUAACAUAUCUACAUGUACAUUCUUUUUCCUUGCACACAGAACAAAGAGUGCAUUUGUAACAUGGAUGACAUAUACAUGUAUUUGUAUUUUCAUAAGCUUUCCUAAAGUAGAUUUGGGAGUAACCUAAACUUUAUUGAACCAAGUUGAAUACCAGUAAAAACAAAAUUCCGAUGUUCAUUUCCUUUUUAUGUGUUCUUGUGUACUUGCAAGCAAAUUUUUUUGCAAUGUUGUUUUACAGCCUGAAAACAUUCUCCUUGAUGAAGACUACAGAAUAAAGAUAUCAGAUUUUGGCUUUGCAGUUAAGCUGAAAGAAGGGGAAAAGCUCAGAGGUAGUUUAAAAUUAAGUUUACUAACAGAAACAUCUCAAACUCUAUAUAUUUGUCACAAGGGUGCCCCCUCUUGUCAUUUUUAUGACUUUGUGAACACAUCCCCUCUUGACUGCCUUUGAAAGCAUACAGUUUACAGCCUGUUCUUCUGUUGAUACCAGACGAAAAUGACAAAUCAGUUCAUGUGCUCGAAUAGUGAAAAUACACUUACUGUAAGCAUCUGUGUGGAGAUAACAUUUACUUGUCAAAGUUCCAAGUUACAUGUAGGAAAGUUGUUUUAGCCAUAACUCAUGCACCCCUUGCAAUACAAGUACACAUUUAUGCUCCUAUACAUGUAUUUUGACUCCAUGUGUGCAGAAUUUAUGGAUUUAAACACAUGUGAAUAACUCAGUACAGAGAUGUACUGAGAUGUACUAUGCCUUUCAGAAUGCAUGCGAUUCCAUAUUUCGCACAAUCUAACAUCCUGCCAAUAACAAUGCUCUACUUCAAACUUUCAUCAAUCUUAAUGCUUGAUAUAACCACUAACUCUGCACCUAAAAAUAUCUGCAAUCUUUUUAUUUCUACACAAGACAUACAUCAGUAUAAUACCCUAUCAGCAUCUUCUGGUAACUACUAUAUUAACUAUUCUAGGCUUAAUCAUCAUAAAAACUCUUUUUCUAUCGUUGGGGCUAAAAUUUGGAACAGUAUUCCCGAAAGCUAUCGAAGUCUGCCGAAGCACAUAUUCAAAAAGAAAAUUCAAGCAUUACUAUUUGCAACUCUAGGAAGUCUGGAUAGUUAUGCUGACACUAGCACUCUUAUUUCUGAAAUAAAAAAGGCAUCUUAAUUAUAAUUCAAACAUAAUAUGUUAAUUUACUUUUUAUCACCUUUUCCCUCUUUUGUCAAAUAAUGUAUGAAAAAUCAAGUAAUUUGCAUAAUUCGUGUUUUUGUAAUUCGUGUUGUAUGUCCUUAACACCGCCUGCCUAGAUUAGCUCGCUAUUUGCCGGAGGUGAUUAUUGUACAAAGAUUUUCCUGCAAACUUAAUAAACUUGAACUUGAACUUGAAACUUGAACUUGAAAACUAGAUGUAAUCUUUUUAUUUCAUUGGCAUUUGCAUAUAUAGUAUUUUUUUAUAUAAUAUUUUUUUUUCCCUAGAGCUGUGUGGUACACCUGGCUAUUUGUCACCUGAAGCACUGCAGUGCUCUAUGUUUGGAGAUGCUCCAGGCUAUUCAAAGGAAGUUGACAUGUGAGAUAACAUUCUCCUUAAAUUUUUAAUUACACUAACAUCACAUUUUUUACAUACAUACAUACAUCAGCCUGCAUAAUGGUGAUGGAUAGAGACAAACUUAUCAGCAAGAAAAUUGGAUGAUACCUUGAUAUUACACCAAACUCUUUUGAUUGCCUUACAAGGAAAUGUAAGGCAGCUAGUUAGGAGAAUUACAAAUCCAAUCUUUAAAGUUACAGGGUUGAGAGACUUCUGUGUACAUUUUUAAAGCUAGGGUAUUUAGAAGACUUUUAAACCCUGCUCUAUAAUAUUUACUGGCAUGAAUAAUAAGUAGGAAUAUAAAGGCUCGUGUAAAUAUUUUUUGUCAUAUUGUCUCUUGGUUGAGCAACGACAAGCUGUCUGUAGUAGCUACUGUUGUUUGUCUUUUUUAAUAACUGAUUGCAAAAUCGUAAGCCCUUCCCGAGCAGAUUCGUCCCACACAUCGGCAGGCUAUUACUCUCCAGUCACGUUAUUUCCUGUUCAUGCACACUUUUCCCUCCCCCACACCAUUAAGGAAAGAAUAGUAUCAAAAAUUAACAAAGUUAGCAAUACAUGCACUCUAUGACAAUCUCGUUAUUGCUACUUAAAAGAGGCUUGAAAAUUCUCAAGUCUUAAUGAAACAACCUAAAAUCGUUUGCCAUUUUUAAAUGAUGAAGAGAAUUCUAUUCUAAACUACUGAAAGAGGUUUGCCCCUCGAGUACCAUCUGCCGUCAUAUUCAAAAAUGUCUUGCAUCCAUCACUGUUGUAUUUUCUUCUUUGCAUGGAACAAGAGUGUCCUCAUAUAUCUGUUAGCAACUGAAAUGUUUUUAACUUCCUUUUUUGUUUUUAUUUUCCAGGUGGGCAUGUGGAGUGAUCAUGUACACUUUGUAAGUAUUUUUAAGAAAAAUUAUUAAUUUUGAUUUGUCAUAUUGUUCUGUAUCAUUACAAAUAAUAUGUAUCAUCUUUUAUAUGUCACUGAAAUGUCAAAAUAGCAAAUCAAAUUAAAUUUUGACAGGAAAUACAUGUACAUGUAGGUUGUCAUUUCGACAGAAAUUAGACUCAACCCCUCAACCUCUAGAUGUGAUUAACAUGUCACUUCUCCCUGUAAUAUCCUCACAUUACCCAGUAAACAAGUCAUGAGAAUACUCAAACUUGAUAUCUGCAAUCAGAUCCUGGGAGUUAAAGGGUUACAUGAACAAAGGUGAUGCUCAUUGUGACAUCACUUCAUUUUGACAGGCUUGUGGGCUGCCCUCCCUUCUGGCAUCGCCGACAAGUUACCAUGCUGCGGUCAAUAAUGGAGGGAAGAUACCAUUUUCACAGUCCAGAGUGGGACGACAUUUCUGAGUCAGCCAAAAAUUUGGUGAGUUCCAGUUUACCAGAGAAAAUAUAAUUUAAAGGAGCUGUGUCACCAUAUUAAUUUGGGUAAUUCAGGGCGUGAAAUUGCGCCUACUACAGGCGCCAAUGCGACUAAAUUUUUCACUUUGGCGACCAAAUCCUGAAAAUUUGUCGCUAAAUUGGCGACUAGAAUGCUUCAUCAUAUCCUUACUUAGAGAUAUAGAGAAUUAAAAAGAUCAGAAAAGAUAUAUUCGCGGUAAACUUCCUCGUUAAGUUUGUUUCCAAAACGCAGCACAUGCAUCUCGAUCGAUAACUAGACGUCAUCUUGGAUUUAGGUGAGUCAUCCAUUCUAGUGUCCACGUUGUGGCAUGGUAAAGAUCUUUUUCCUGAUUUAAUUUUGAAGGGUCUAUCUAGAACGCUGACAGCAUUAAAAAAAGGCUUUGUCUUUCUUUAUAAAUGGCGACCAACUUUUUUGAAUUGGCUACCACUUUGAAUAAUUUAGGAGCCAAGUGGCUAUCUGAAAAAAAAAUUAAUUUCACGCGCUGUAAUUCAUAUUUCUGUGAUCUGCAAAGUUACAGUAGCACCACUUAGAAAAAGACUACCAGGUAGAAACUUGGAAAUAUAGAUAAACAGAAAGUAAUGGUGAACCAAGAGGGAACACAGAGGACUAAGGAUGAAGAAAAUAGCAACUGAUUGUAUGAAAACAAACUUGAGAAUUUUUUAAAUACUGUAGCAAACGUGGUUUCUUUUCUUUUCCAGAUUUCAAAGCUUCUAGUUGUUCAUCCUAAAGGAAGAUUAACUGCAGAGCAAGCUCUAGAACAUGCCUGGUUCCAAGGAGCUCAGGUUUGUUAUUUAGACUGUCAUCGUGAACGAAAACUUUGCUUUAAUAUGUACGAUGUAUUGAUUGCCUACCCUGUGCUAUUUAUUACUAUAUAUUCAUAUUUUUAUUUAAUAUACUUAUCUGUAUCUGUAUUUUAAAUUUGCAGCAGGCGAAAAAUGAUGGAUUUUCUGCAAGGUGGAAAUUCAAGGUAGCUCCAAAUUCCUUUUUGAUAAUUAAACAUAUUAAUAAUUGGUGCUUUCAUGUAGUAGUCAAUACAGGUUCCCGAUAAAUAUAUGGAGUAUUAAUGUAGAGUUCGUCUGUCAAAAAUAUAAUUGGAAACUAUUCUGGAGUAUUAAUGUAGAGUUCGUCUGUCAAAAAUAUAAUUGCAAACUAUACUUAGAGUACAGCUUCGGGAAAAGGGAAAGUGUCCCAGGCAAGAGGUGUCGCUUUUACAGAGGUAACAGAAUUAAAGGUUGUUCCGUCAGGACUUCAGAUUUUUUCCCUUGAAUCGAUGGGUCCCCAGAAAAGGACUAGCCACGGUGAAUUUUACCAUUUAUUUAAAGGUCUGUGAAUACUUUGCUAAUUUACUCACAAAUCAAUGUUUAUUUGUUAUUAGGGAACCGUGAUUGCCCUUAUAGCGGUCAGAGAAUUCUACAAGUUUGCAAAGAAUAAACUUCAACCAGUGACAUUUGAUACGAUUCUUCGGGAGCCUUAUGGCGUGAAACCUUUGCGUAAAAUGAUCGAUGGGUGUGCGUUCAGGAUUUACGGACAUUGGGUUAAACGCAACAAGGACGAAAAUCAAAACAGGGCUGCGCUAUUUGAAAAUAAACCUCACAAAGAGAGAUACAAUGGCAAUGGAGAUAUGCCAAGGAAGAUCAGUAACCUUGACACGUAUAACGCGUCCUUUCGAAUGUCAUCUAUGGGGUUGAUUCAGUACAAAUCCGUUAGAAAACUGAAUCCGAGCAACUAAAGGAGAAGCUUUACAGAGAAGUUGUCGAUGUUUUGUCCAUCUGUGGCUGAAGUAGCUGUUUGGAAAAAAAAUUGCUUCGUUCAGACUUGGCGUAACCAACGCCAAGCAGAAGCAAGCAAACACGGGCGUUUUCUUUUGCAACAGCCUGGGUUCCUUACUUUAAAGAUGUAAAUUUUCACGGGGUACUUUGUAAAGAGUUUUAUUUCCGGUUUGUUAACAGACUCACGAAUUAUAGUGACCCUUGUGAAAUAUCUCAGGCAAUGGUAAAAGAAUGAGACCGCUCGACUUUGUCAUAGCUUACCACGAAAAUGGAAAUGAUGUCAAUUAAGGAAAACAGAGAGCAGAAAUUUUGAUUCGCGCAAUAUUUGAUGGUGGCAUGAAAGUAAGUUACUAGGUGAUGUCUAGUCACUGGAAGCCCUCGCCCCUACUCGUGAAGCCAACUCCCGCGUAACAAACAGUAUUUUUCAGUAUAAGAAUAUAUACCGCAUGGAGCUUUGUUUCAACGGAGUAUUGUUGCAAAUUUCUGCAUUUUCGAGUGCUUAUGGUCAAGUG